AUGUCCUGGAAUUACUGUGCAUUUUCCGGCGAAUAAUUAACCGAGCCAAUGGUAUCUAAAAAGACUGGUCACGUAUUUUAAAAGCGAAUAAUCCAAAAAUACGUAUAAUCAACCGGUUAAUGUCCAAUAACCCAGUAAUCCUUAUCUUUAGAUGAUUUAAUUCCAAUAAAAUCAAAUUAAAUAAUAAAAUCAAAAACAAGCCAAAAAACAUCAUCAGUUCCUUAGAUUUUGUAAGUAUUUCAAUCUGAAUGGGAUUCUUUAUUAUUAGAAAAUUACAAUCUGAAAUAAAACCUCGAAUAAAUGCGUCAAUAACUAUCUUAUGCUUUAUAUUAACACGAUGCGGCAUGCCGUGUAAUAUCUCGUUUAUUAAAAGAAAGGGAAGAAUUUAAAAAAAGAA